AAGAAUACAAUGCCCACCUAGCAUCGUUUGACUCAAUUGAUAAAUGUUUUUAUCUUGUCAAUCCAUUGAUUUAUUUUGUCUUAAAUUAGCUGUAUUUGCUGUGUAUAUUUAGGAUUUUUUUGUGUCUUCAUUUGUUCGGAAGAUGGGUUUGAGGUGUGGACUAACUUGUUGCGACAACCCCUGAAGUAAAAAUCGAAAGGCUUAACUAAAUUUAAUUACGUUGUGUUGCUGUGGUUGCAUAUAUAUCUGAGCCUACUUGGUUUUAAAAUACAAUAUUUUUGACGGAAUAUAAAGGAUGAUAUUAUGUAUGGCCGAUAUAAAAAUGCUCAGCAGAUGGCGCUGUCCAAAACAACAUCCAACUGCCCGUAAACAAAUAGAAGAAGAAGACAUCCGCUUCCUGUUUGGCCAGGACGUCGGAAUACUGCUAUUUGGUUGAAACCAAGAAAAUGAACACGGGAGGAAUAAAACAGGAGCAGAAUGAGCCCCAACAGCCACACAAAGCUUCACAGUCAACUGAACAUUCGCUGGAGGAGCCGAAGAAGAGAGGUUGGCCGAAAGGAAAGAAAAGGAAGAAGGUGCUCCCAAAUGGUCCGAAGGCACCGGUGACAGGAUAUGUCCGUUUUCUGAAUGAGCGACGGGAACAGAUGAGGGCCAGGCAUCCUGACCUUCCAUUUCCCGAAAUUACUAAAAGACUUGGGGCGGAGUGGACUCAACUAGCUCCUGAUGACAAACAGCGCUACCUGGAUGAGGCGGAGCGUGAUAAGGUGCAGUAUGCACAAGAACUGAAAGAGUACCAACAAACCGAGGCCUUUCAGAUCACUAGUGCAAAAAUACAAGACAAGAAGUUAAAGAAAGAAGACACUCCAUCGAUAUUUAUGGGCAGUGGUUCAGGGUUAUCUUUUCCAAAGGCUUCUGAACUCUCGAGUAGGUUUGACAUUCCAAUCUUCACAGAGGAGUUCCUGGACCAGAAUAAAGCCCGAGAGGCAGAGCUGCGACGGCUUCGUAAGGCCAAUAUUGAGUUUGAGGAGCAGAACGCAGUGUUGCAGCGGCACAUCAAGGACAUGUACAAUGCCAAAGAGCGAAUGGAAGCUGAACUGGGACAAGAUGAGAAGCGCACACAAGCCCUUCAACAGCACUUGCUGACCAUUAAACACAUAUUGGUCAACAGUCUGUCAUCAGUGCCUCUGCCAGAUACAGGUGAGACGGCGUCCCUCGGAAACUUGGAUUCAUAUUUGAGUCGUCUGAGCGGAGUGCUUGAAGGAAACCCUCAUAAGCACCGUGCCUUGCUUUCACAACUUUGCAAACUUCUUUCUCACCUGGACAGUGAGAAGUUGUGAGCAAACGUCCUUCCUGUUGCAGAGGCUUGCUCAGGUUUUAUCAAAAGGGUACUGUUUCUCGGACAAAUUCCACAGUCGAGGCUGUUUUGGCUUUCUGUGCUGUUGUGGCUUCUAAUUUGGACCAUGUACAUAGGUUGCUUUAAUCUGAGCAGGGAUCCAGACAAAUGCAGUUGUACACAAGGUCUUGUUGUACCACUGCAAAUGAGACAAUAUUUCAGUUUGUCAUUUGCUGUUCAAAUGUAUUGCUGUUAGAAAUAGAAGAAGCAAUGCUGAAAGUGCACUGUUGGUGUGCCUCUAGUUUGCUUGCAUUAUCAUAAAUGACUGUUAUUGAGUGGAUAGUGUCCAUUUAUUCCAUAUUUGUUAAUGUUUCAAGGAUUCAUUAAAACAUG